AAGGGGGGGUAUAAAUGUCCCUGCAGCAAUGCGGGGCCACAGUCUGGCUGCCUGAGGAGACUGUCACACACAGCUCCAGCUCAGAAAAGAUGAAUCUUCCAGUUGUGUCCGUCAUCCUGCUGGUGGUUUCUACUGUCCAUGCUUUCCAGUACACAGAGCUGGCACAGUAUAUUGACAGCCACCAAGAAGAAUAUGUGGAGGCUUUGCGGGACUGGGUGGCAAUUGAAAGCGACUCCAGUAACGUCCAGAAGAGACCAGAGCUACACCGCAUGAUGGAGAUGACGGCUCAGAAGCUGAGGCUGAUGGGAGGGACUGUAGAGCUGGUGGACAUUGGAGAACAAGAACUCCCUGACGGGCAAACGGUAACUUUGCCUAAAGUGGUGACGGCUCAGUUUGGCAACGAUCCGAGCAAAGUCACGGUGUGUGUGUACGGUCACGUGGACGUCCAACCAGCGAAGCUCGAGGAUGGCUGGGCGACGGAGCCCUACAACCUGACUGACAUCAAUGGUAACCUUUAUGGAAGAGGAGCAUCAGACAACAAGGCCCCGGUUUUAGCCUGGAUCCAUGCUGUGGGGGCUUACCAGGCCCUCAAUAUGGAGCUGCCGGUGAAUGUGAAGUAUGUCAUCGAGGGCAUGGAGGAGACCGGCUCUAACGGUCUGGAUGCCAUGAUCCUGGCCCAGAGGGAUACCUUCUUCUCCGACGUGGAUUACAUCAUCAUCUCAGACUGCAGCUGGCUCAGCAGACGGCCCGCCCUCACCUACGGCACCAGAGGAAACUGCUACUUCUUCGCUGAGGUUGAAGGACCGAAACAGGACUUACACUCUGGUGUUUAUGGAGGCACGGUGAUCGAACCAAUGACUGACCUCAUUGGGAUUCUGGACACAAUGAUCAACCCCAGUGGUAAGAUCCUGAUUCCUGGGAUCAGAGAGGCCGUGGCCCCUCUCUCUGAUGAGGAGUGGAAAAUGUACCAGGACAUCGAGUUCGACGUCGAAAACUACAAGAGCAAGAUUGGUGUCAGCCACCUCAUGUACACCAACAAGGUUGACUUAUUGGCCCACCUGUGGCGCUACCCCACUGUCACCAUCCACGGCAUUGAGGGGGCUUUCUCCGACCGCGGCACCAAGACUGUCAUCCCCGCUAAGGUUAUCGCUAAGUUCUCCAUUAGACAAGUUCCCAACAUGGACCCUGCUAUGGUCAAGAAACAGGUAACAGACUACCUUCAUUCAGUGUUUGCCAAGAGGAAGAGUCCUAACAAGCUGAAAGUCACCAUGGUGAUCGGGGCCAAGCCUUGGCUGGCGGACCCGCAGCAGGCUCUCUAUGAGGCUGGGAAGGCUGCUGUUAGGAGAGUUUUUGACAUGGAACCCGAUCUGAUCCGUGAGGGCGGGACCAUCCCUAUUGCAAAAACCUUCCAGGAUGUGACGGGGAAGAGCAUCAUCAUGAUGCCCAUCGGAGGCUUCGACGACGGGCUGCACUCUCAGAACGAGAAAAUGAGCAGGUACAACUAUAUUGAGGGAACCAAGUUAUUCAUCGCCUACCUGAAUGAGGUGUCCAAGAUUCAGAAGACCAGUGUGUAAUGAGAAAUGACCUCCUCAGUGUUCCAGCUCCAGGGAUCUGACACAAGCCUGGUUUUUAUGCAAUUUAUCAUCUUUCAUCUUUCUUUCUUUAUAUCUCAAGCGUUUAUUUAUCUGCACCUCCAGCAGCACCUCCUCCAUUCCUUCCAUCCUAUCUAUCUAUCUAUCUAUCUAUCUAUCUAUCUAUCUAUCUAUCUAUCAUUUUGAGUGACUGUCAUGGCACUCUCUGAAGUUAUCUCUCUGUGUGCAUACCUUUAUGCUCUGUAUAAUGUCAAACUGUACUGUAGGAGUGUGUGUGUGUGUGUGUGUGUGUGUGUUUGUGUCAUGUAGUAAAAGCUGUACAAUGCAA